AUGGGAAAUGACGCCCGUGUUGACAGUCCGGACCUCGCUCUCCAUGACGAUGACCUUACCGACCAUGAGUCUGAGUUUGACAACGGUUCUGAGGCUGAUGCAGAGCCCGAGCGCGUCGCCAAGGAGGUGGAAAAGCCUGAAGACCAGCGCGCUACAGCGCAUCCUUGA